AUGGUCAUCCUCGCGGCCUCCGUGUGCACGAGGGGCGGCAAGCCCCUACUGUCCCGCCAGUUCAGAGAGAUCCAGAAGUCCAGGGUGGAAGGGCUCCUAGCAUCAUUCCCCAAACUUGCCGACUCUUCGACGCAACACACGACAGUCGAACAAGAAAACGUCCGCUUCGUCUAUCAACCGCUCGACGAGCUGUACCUAGUCCUGAUCACCAACAAGAACUCCAACAUCCUGCAAGACAUCGACAGCCUGCACCUGUUCGGCCAGGUCGUGACAUCGAUCUGCAAGAGACUGGACGAACGCGAGAUCCUACGCAAUGCAUUCGAGUUACUCAGCGCCUUCGAUGAGCUGGUCACGAUGGGCUACCGGGAGAACCUGACGCUGAGCCAGAUCAAGACGUUCCUGGAGAUGGAGUCUCACGAAGAGCGGAUCCAAGAGAUCAUUGCGCGCAACAAGGAGCUCGAGGCCUCGGAAGAGCGCAAACGUAAAGCCAAACAACUGGAAAUGCAGAGGAAGGAAGCCGCUCGCUCGGCCUCAUACGGAAGAGGCGUCGCGCCCAAGAUGCCACAACAGCCCACAUAUACUCCGCCGGUACGGCCAGAAACGACCUACGACUCGUACGAAGCGGAAAAGAACAAGACAUCCAGCAAGUUCGCAGCCUCGCGACCAACAAAGGGUAUGCAACUGGGCAAGAAGUCAAAGACUUCCAAUGCCUUUGCCAAAGUUCAGCAAGACCUUGGGCCAGAGGCCGCCGAACAGCAUCCCGCCGCGUCCGCCCAUGUCGAAACCGACCUUCCAGACCGCACUCACCCGAGCUCCACCAUGCACGACUCGACUCUCUCGUCCGCCGCCACUCAUCCCAUCCUCAUCUCGCUCACCGAGACGCUGAGCGCCAAGCUGUCGCGCGAGGGCGCCCUCAGAUCUUUCGAAGUCAAAGGCGAUUUACAACUCAAGAUCACCGACCCAGCACUCACGAAAUUGGCAUUGUCUGUACAAGCAGUGGAAGGCCCCCUGAAGGCACAGUUUCGCACACAUCCCAACGUCGACAAGAGCCUUUUCAAUUCACAGAAGCUGAUCCAAUUGAAAGACACAACCAAAAGAUUCCCAACGAACAACAGUAUCGGCGUCCUGCGCUGGCGUGCCACCGCUCCCGCCGACACGCCCGACGUGCUGCCCAUCACGUUCACCGUGUGGGUCAACAAGUCCGACGACAGCUACACGAUCACGAUCGAGUACGAACUCACCGAGCCGGACCUCACCCUACGCGAUGUGGCGGUGACGAUUCCCUACUCGUCGUCCGAGCCGGCCGUGUCAUCCUUCGACGCAAUGUACCAAGUCACAGGCGACUCGUUGGAAUGGACCAUCGGGACUAUCGACGCAGACAACGCCAACGGCAGUUUCGAGUUCGAGGCCCAAACGGACGAUGAGGCGGAAUUCUUCCCCAUGACUGUGGCCUUCGAGAUGAGCCGGCCGUUUGUCGACGUUGAUGUCGCCGGCGCUCGGCUGCUUGAGAUGGACGAAGAGGUCGAUUUUGAAAAGGUUGUAAAGGCAUCUGCUGAUGGAUUUGUCAUCGAGUAG